CCGCCAGACGACCUCGCAGUCGCUUGUCAAAUGUUUGUGUUUUCUGUGCGAGGCAAUUGAUUUAUUUUUCCCUUUUAUUUUCCACUCAAUGUCCAGUGAAGUGGUGCAAAAGGUGCUCAGUGUGUAGCCAGGUGGCCAUAGAGUGGGUGUGAGAUGAAAUUGGGCCAGUGGAUGUGGUGCCAAAUGUGAUAAAUCGUGUGAAAAAGUUUGGUGCGACGCCCCUCGAGCGACUCUGUGCAAAACACUUGAGCGGAAAAGACGUCGUCUGUGUCUUCCGACGCGGAAAAGUCCCCCAUCUCUCCACCUUGCCCAGUCCCGCAGACACUCUUCCGCAAGGAUGAUGGAACCCAAAGCCAUCGAUCUCUGCGAGUUCCUGGCCGAGUCGGAGCUGCAGCAAUACUACAAUUCCAUCAAGAAUGAGCUAAAAAUAACUACAGUGGUGCAUCUGAAAUACGCAAGUGAUGAGGACUUGAAGCAAAUCGGUUUAUCACGGCCGGAAAUUCGUCGCCUCAGGAAAUUCUAUGACAAAUACUACCCCCAUGGGUAUCUCAGCAAAAUCAAGCGACUUCUGCAGAAUCCCAAGGCAUUUGAUGGAAACGCCACAACACCUGGAGCCACAUCUGAUGUGAUGAAGACCACGAGUUCUCCCAGCAAAGUGCCAAGCAACAAGCACAUCAUUCCACCAGAUGCCAUUUGUGUCAACAAACAACUUGGAAUUGGAGAGUUUGGAAUUGUUCAGCAGGGAGUUUGGACCAAUGGCACUGAAAGAAUUCAAGUGGCCAUAAAGUGUCUAUGUCGGGAGAGAAUGCAAUCAAAUCCAAUGGAAUUUCUCAAGGAGGCAGCCAUAAUGCAUUCGAUUGAGCAUGAAAAUAUUGUGAGGCUGUACGGAGUGGUUUUGGAUACAGAUUCACUCAUGUUGGUCACAGAAUUGGCUCAUUUACGAUCCCUCCUUGAGUGUCUCAAGGAUUCGGGAUUGAGAGUGAGUUUCCUGACGGUACCGACUCUGUGUGAAUUUGCUCAGCAAAUUUGCAAUGGUAUGAUGUAUUUGGAGAAUAAGAGGUUGAUCCAUCGGGAUCUGGCGGCUAGGAAUAUUUUGGUAUUUAGCAAGAAUAAAGUUAAAAUAUCGGAUUUUGGCCUAUCGAGGGCAUUGGGUGUUGGGAAGGACUACUACCAGACGAAUUUCAAUGUUAAUCUCAAACUGCCAAUUGCCUGGUGUGCUCCGGAAUGUAUUAAUUUUUUGAGAUUUACAAAUGCAUCGGAUGUCUGGGCAUAUGGGGUUUGCCUAUGGGAAAUGUUUAGCUAUGGCUUUCAACCCUGGGCAGCUCUGACGGGCCAUCAGAUUCUCGAGGCAAUCGAUGAGCCAAAUUAUCAAAGACUCGAACCACCGGAAUGUUGUCCCAGGGAAUACUAUGCAUUGAUGCUGAAGUGCUGGCAACAUGAUCCAAAUAAGAGACCAAAAUUCUCAGAGAUCUAUACAACGUUGCCGGAAAUGAAGCCAGAACAGCUGAAGACUGUGACAAAUUGCGGUGAAGCCAAGAAGGAUCAUCUGAUGUAUCGUCAGGGUGAGAUAAUAACGGUGCUGGAUAAAGGAUCAAAUUCACCGUAUUGGAAGGGUGUUCUCAAUUCAGGCAAAACUGGACUCUUCAAUCCCGCCAAUACUGUCACAUAUCUGGGAAGUCUUCCGUCAUCAACCAAUCGGGAUGCCUUUGCCAGGGGUUCCGAUCGGUCGAGCAAACGAAAAUUGCGCACAGAAAUGAUAUCAAGACCACAGAAUGAUCUCAAGCAUACAGGACAUGUUGGGUUAGAUGGAGCAUAUUUUGGUGAUGUGGCUUUUUUGGCCACAUCACAGCCCUACAAUCAUCUUCCACGGCAAAUUGUCACACCCUACAAACCAUCUGAGGACAUCGAACAAACACCCCUACUUCAUCCAACAACGCCCACAAGUCCAGAUUCCAUUCAAACAGCCAGUGGAUAUUUUCCAGAAAAUGUCACUUCAUCCACAAAUCACCUCUUUUCCCAGUCCACCACCGGUACAAAUGGUGUGUCCGGAAAUGUCAAUAUUCUGGCCACAAUGGAGCCUUCAGGCAAUUUUGGGUCAUACUUUGACUUUUCCGGCCAAACUAAUCCAGUGCCAACGACAACAUUCAGUGAUUCAAAUCCCUUCGCCAAUGCCGCCAAGGAGGACUUUGCUCAGAAAUCAGGACGAGAUGGUCCCUUUUCCAGUUCCGAUGUACUCCAUGAUGUCUUCCACAGUGAAUCCAAGGGUUCCAGCAAGUGGCCAGAGACUACAGUUGAUGGACCUCAUGAGUAUCAUGAGAUAUCUGAUGAUGAAAUGCCAGCAGAAAAAUUCGAUUUGGGUCCUUCGCUUCUCGAUGAAAUGGACUUUAUGUUCCGUUCCAUGACGGCAACUUCCGGCGGCAAUUCCCAGUCAAUGGGACCGGAUUUUGAGCAUACGAACAAGAAAAAUGAAAUUGCCGAGUUGACUUCGAAGCUGGCCAGGAAGAAUAGUUCAGGAGCUGGAAGUAGUGUUAGCAGUUCGGGGAAUUCAUCAAAUAGCAAGUCAAAGAAGAAGGCAGGAACGGUGAAACCGCUUUCAAUGAAGGAUGAUAAGAUUCUCAAUCAGGCCAUUGAGUUUGCCAACGAAAUCAGUGCCAGAUCCAUGACGGAUUUGGUGGCUGAUGGAGUGUCUGUGACCCAGAGUCCCAAGAGGAAGUUCAGUUUUCGCUUCCCAAAUUUAACAGCGGCCGGAACUCAUGGGGUUGGUGGGGAAAAGGAUGCCACCCUGAAUGGCAGUGGCAACAAUUCCAAUUCAAAUACUCUCACACAGAAGGAGCGAAAGAAUUUCUCUGAGGAGCUGAAAAAUGUUCCCGAUUUACAGAGUUCUAUUACGGAUGAACAUAGACAAGCGUACAAUAGUUUGGUGGAGAAGCCUACGGCAACUCUGUCCAAGCUGGACUUUAUGAAAGCUUCCUUUGAGGCUGGGUCAGAUGAGGAUGGAGCAAUUUGUGGGGAUGGUGUAAAACACUCAACAACACUCCCACGAAAUCUCAUUCGGACAACUCUGGCUGGGAGGAGGGUGGGUGGGGGGAGUCUGGGAAGGACAAAAGAAACAGAUUUUGCCGUUCCCAGUCAUCCAGCUCCCCGACCAGAAGUCACAGAUUCCAAUCCUCUGAGAAUUCUCCGAAAUAAGAAUUUCCCCAUUGUUAGACCAAGGCUAAAGCACUUGCCAAGUGUUCAAGGGGAUAACAAUUCUGUGCCAAUUGACGGAGAAGAUCCGGGAAUGUGUGAAAGUCCCAGUUACUUAGUGAACACCGAAUACACAUAUCCGGAAAGGGAUACCAAUGAUUCCAAUCCAAUUCCCUUGCCUCCCCGUGAUCGCAAUAAGAUAAUAACCACAAAUGCCAAGCGUCAUGUAAGGAAACAUGCUCUAAUAAUCCCAGCUUCGGGUCUCCAGAGAACCCUCAAUAAGGUGUCUCCAGGGUCAGAAUUAUCCACGCAUGGAAGUGAAGUUAAAGUGAACAAUGUCACAGAUAACAAUUACAAUACAAAUUCCCUGAUCAAGAGAUGCAUGCAAGUGUCUAAGCUUCCGGAUAUUGAUCAAACGGACGCUGGAGGCAUAUUAAAACGUCUCCCUAGGGCUUCCAAUGGUCAUGACCUAGCAGACACUCCCGGAAUUCACGAAAGUAUAAAUAUGUUUGCAUGUGACAGUCCAAAUGCCGAUACAGCUUCCCUCCACUUCGAGUCGAUCCUCGAGAGUGAGAUUAAUAAAGUGGGAGAGAUGUCUUCACCAGAUGUCGUAGAUGGGUUCUCUUGUUUUGAGAUCCAGAAAGAUACCUACGACAAAUACAGUUCAACCUUCGAAGGAGGUAUAGGGAGUGAUUCAGAAUUGAGGAAUCUGGAUAUGGAGCGCAAAAAGAGCGAUUUCUCGGGGAGAUUUGUUCAGAAAAAUGAACUUGCUGACAAUGCUCUAUUUAAUCGAGUGAGGGAAUCUGUGAAUUCUGCCACAAGUGCUCCCAGAUUGGCCCCAAAAGCCAUGCCAGAGAGCAGUGAGAGCUACACGACGUCCGAUGAGGAACAAAUGAUGAUGGGAGAGUCGCAGCUUCUGCAGGAAGCAUCGAACUCAGUCAGUUGUGAGGAUCUCCUGGAGUUCAGUGAGAGAAAGCCAAAAGGACGCGAAAGGGGAGCUGAAUCUGAUGAAGUGCGAAUCAUGAUCAAAGUUUUAGGGAAGAAGAUCCCUCCGGAAAUGUGCCUGGAAACGUUGGAGCUUGUAGACUGGGAUGUCCACAAGGCUAUCAAAAUCAUGAAAUUGUCCAAUAUGUGCAAUGUAACUGCACUUGGGAUGUGCAUGGAGCUUCUGCAGGAGAAUGAAUGGGACUUGCCACGGGCAGCUUUAAAACUAUCCACGAGGAAAUAAAUUUUUUAGAAAGAAAUAGAGGAAAACGCCAAGGAAUACUCGCACCAAGUGGAAAAUAAAUUAUACGGUAAUCAAAAUCGUACUUAUUCGGUAAUGUGUUGCUAAUUGACGUAGUAUUUUAUACGAAUGGAAAUUUUAACUUUUAUACAACUAUUUUGUACGAAAAAAAAUAUGAAAAUGAUUUUUUAUUUUUCUUCAAUAAAGAAAAUGUCGAUCUAACAGAGAAAA